CCUGUUCUGACCUGCUGAGCAGGUUCCCAAGUUUCUGCUGUCGUUGUUGGCCACGGCGUGGGAAGCAGCUCUGGGGGAGCUCGGAGAUCCCGAUCACGGCUACUUGCGGGUAGCUACGGUUGGGUGGGUGGAACGGGGCCGGGUCCCCGAGUGGAGAUCCUAGUGGGACAGGCAAGUGCGGCAGUGCCUGAGGACUCCGUGACUUCCUGUCUUCUGGGUCGGUGCCCGAUCCAGCUCUAGAGCCGGCUCCCAGGGAGAACUCAGUGGAACUUCAGAAACACCAGGCAGCUCUGCCUUUUGACCGAUGCCUCUGUCCCUGGGAGCCGAGAUGUGCGGGCCUGAGGCAUGGCUGCCACUACUGCUCCUGGCAUCGUUUACAGACAACCUUCUCACUCGCUUAGGCCAAGAGGGUGGGGCCUGUUUGCUGGGGCCAGGGAACUCGGCAGUCAUUUUCCUGUAGGAUCUACCCACGCCUAAAGAAUGGAGCCAUGAUGUCUCAGGACUCAGAAGUUACCAAAGAGAUCAUCGAUUCAACUCCCUCAUUUUACAGAUGGGAAAACUGAAAGAAACAGAUAGGUCCAGUCUGGAGGUGUUUCCUUUGGCAGAGAACCCAGGUCGGUGCCCGGCGGGCGAGCUGGAGACCUCGGACUUGGUGACCGUGGUGCUGGGCCAGGACGCAAAACUGCCCUGCUUCUACCGAGGGGACCCGGGCGAGCAGGUGGAGCAAGUGGCAUGGGCUCGUGUGCAUGAGGGCGAGGGCGGCCAGGAGCUGGCACUUCUGAACUCUAAAUACGGGCUGUACGUGAGCUCAGCCUACGAGGGCCGCGUGGAACAGCCGCCUCCCCCAAGGAACCCCCUGGACGGUGCGGUGCUUCUGCGCAACGCGGUGCAGGCGGACGAGGGCGAGUAUGAGUGUCGCGUCAGUACCUUCCCUGCCGGCAGCUUCCAGGCGCAGCUUCGGCUCCGCGUGCUGGUGCCUCCCCUGCCCUCGCUGAAUCCUGGUCCAGCACUAGAAGAGGGCCAGGGCCUGACACUGGCAGCUUCCUGCACAGCAGAGGGUAGCCCGGCCCCCAGCGUGACCUGGGACACAGAGGUCAAGGGUACAACAUCCGGCCGCUCUUUCACGCACUCUCGCUCAGCUGCUGUCACUUCAGAAUUCCAUCUGGUGCCCAGCCGCAGCAUGAAUGGACAGCCACUUACCUGCGUGGUGUCGCACCCUGGCCUGCUCCAGGACCAAAGGAUCACCCACAUCCUCCAAGUGGCCUUCCUUGCUGAGGCCUCUGUGAGGGGCCUUGAAGACCAAAAGCUGUGGCAGGUUGGCAGAGAAGGAGCUAUGCUCAAGUGCCUGAGUGAAGGGCAGCCUCCUCCCUCGUACAACUGGACACGGCUGGACGGGCCUCUGCCCAGUGGGGUACAAGCAGAAGGAGAUACCCUGACCUUCCCCCCGCUGACCACUGAGCACAGUGGCACCUACGUCUGCCACGUCAGCAAUGAGCUCUCCUCAAGGGAUUCUCAGGUGGAUGUGGAUGUUCUUGCAGACCCCCAGGAUACCACGGGGAAGCAGGUGGAUCUGGUGUCGGCCUCCGUGGUGGUGGUGGGUGUGAUCGCCGCACUCUUGUUCUGCCUUCUGGUGGUGGUGGUGGUGCUCAUGUCCCGAUACCAUCGGCGCAAGGCCCAGCAGAUGACCCAGAAAUAUGAGGAGGAGCUGACCCUGACCAGGGAGAACUCCAUCCGGAGGCUGCAUUCCCAUCACUCGGACCCCAGGAACCAGCCGGAGGAGAGUGUAGGGCUGAGAGCCGAGGGCCACCCUGAUGGUCUCAAGGACAACAGUAGCUGCUCUGUGAUGCGUGCCCCAGCCGACCCCCUCACGUCUGGCUGCCCCGCCUUGGUUCCUGACUUGCCCUCCGCCCUUGAUCUCCAGAGCGAAGAGGCAGAGGGCCGCAGUUACUCCACGCUGACCACAGUGCGGGAGAUUGAAACACAGACUGAACUGCUGUCUCCAGGCUCUGGGCGGACAGAGGAGGAGGAAGAUCAGGAUGAAGGCAUCAAACAGGCCAUGAACCAUUUUGUUCAGGAGAACGGGACCCUGCGGGCCAAGCCCACGGGCAAUGGCAUCUACAUCAAUGGGCGGGGGCACCUGGUCUGACCCAGGCUUGCCUCCGUCCCCUAAGCCUGGCUCCCUCUGCUGACAUGGAAGAUUUCAGCUCAUCCCCGGGGAGCCUCCCUACACACCUCAUUUCCUGAGGAAGAUGCUCCCCACCCCACUGACUGCUCGACCUUUUCCUCCGGUCCUUCUGUUGGAUGACGGAAGGGCUCUGCUUGUUGAGUCCCUCCCACAGCGUGUGCAGGUCACUGUGUGUGCAUUAGUGCUUGUCUGAGUGUGCACUGUGUGUGCGCGGAGGGGUGACCGUGCCCACGGUGUGCGUUGUGUUGUCACGUCAGAGUCCAAGUGAACUGUGGUGUGUGUGCCACAGGGUUCGGUGGCUGCAUGGGGAACGCCACAGGGGAUCGGUGCAUGUGUCGUGUGGCUGUGUGACCUUUGCCUGUAAAACGCAGGUGUUUUCCUCAGACCCCAGAGCAGUAUUAAUGAUGCAGAGGUUGGAGGCGGGAGGUGGAGACUGUGGGCCAGGUCCAGGUGUGCGGGCAUAGCUGGAGCUGGAAUCUGGCUUCCUGAGUGCGGGAGCCGGGCUCCCACCACUUGAGAGCUGUCAGGGCAAGUGUAAAGCAGCGGGCCUAGGGGUCGGCCAGAGGCUCAAACUGUUACAGAAGAAACCCUCUGCCCUCUGGUGGCCUCUGGGCCUGCUGCAUGUACAUAUUUGUUGUACGUAAACCUGCCCAGUGGAGCUUCUUUGAGGACUACUGCCCCAAAUGCAUUCAUAAGACAAAAGACUUUUUAUAAACUUUUGAUUCAUCUGGACAUUUAUUAUUGCAAGGACUGCUUAAAGUGACAUCAGCCUACACAAGAAUUCAACAAAGCUAGACCUUGCUCAGGUCCUACCCCAGGGGGUUAGUUCCUGUGGUUCUGAAAGGUGCUCCGUCUAAGGCAUCUUAAUCUAGGCAGGCUCUUGGGAGGGAGCCUAAGAGCUGACAGAGUUUGAAGGAGGGGUGUGCGCCCCUCCGUUACUGGCUAUGGGAGGGUAGGUAGGGUCCUUGGCCCUAGGGGCUCCUGAGCUCUUCCCCUAGCCUCAUGUUUUCUUAGUUGUAUCCACAGUUGUUUGUGAUCCCUUGGUGGGGGGCUGCUGGGACUUGGUGACAAGGGCUUCUGGUUUGGUUGUGGUGUAGGGGAGAGAGGAGAGUGAUUUAUAGACCAAGGGAGGUGAAGGAGCUGCUGGGAGCAAGAAUGUCUCCUUUUCCCCAGGGGUCUCAGGGUUACUAACUUGGGUCACUAACUUCCAGCCGUUUCUCUGGUUGGGAUUAGAUAAGGUCCAUUUUUGCCUGCCCCACCCAAAUACAUUCAACCAGAAUAUCUAGAUUUAGUGCCCAAACCCUGCUCAGCCUGAACUCUGCUGGAUUUCUGGACCAAAGGAGAGACUCUCAUCCCCUGCUCUCCAGCCAGCCCAGGACUUUGGAGGUGGAACCUGAAGAUAUGGAACUCUAGUAUGUAUAUUUUGUGUAAAUAUGUUCAUAUUUGUACAUAAAAAAGAUAUUCUGUUUUUAAAUAAACAGAUAAAACCUGUUC